CCGCCAGUCACGUGUCGCUGUCAGGAAGGUAUUAAGUAAACUGCCUGAGCAGAGACCCAUCUGUCGCAGCCCGCAGGUGAAGGCCGGCGCUCCUCCACUGUGAGACCCCCCCUCUGCUCUCUAGCACAUAAGAAACAACAGGAAAUGCCCAGAAAGAAAACUGAUGUGGCGGCGGAUGACGUUUCAGUAGAAAUUGAUGAGGAAGAAAGUGAAGAUGAACGCAAGGGCAGGAGAGGGAAUAGGAAGCCAGCCAAUGGAAGGGCAGCAAGAGGCAGAAAAGCCGUGGAUGAGGAGGACGAGGAUGAGGAUGAGGAAGACGCUCCGAAAAGAAGAAGAGGGGGAAACAAGAAGAAGCCAACGAAAGCCCAGGAUAGUGAAGAUGAAAGUGAAGAAGAGGCACCAAAGAAACAAAGGGGAGGAAACAGGAAGAAAGGAGGUAAAGUACAAGACAGUGAAAGUGAGGAAGAGAAAGGAAAGAAGGGAAACAAGAAGGGAGCCAAUAAGAAGGAGAAAGAGGAGCAGAACAAGGAGAAGAAAGGAGAUGCCAAAGGAAAGGGAAAGAAGAAUGAUGAUAAAGACAAGAAUGCAAAAAAGAAGAAAAAAGACAGCUCGUCAGACUCUGACUCGAACGCAGACUCAGAGUCAGACCAGUCCAUGUCAGAGGGCGAGAUGGCACGACUCAUGGAGGAGGUCGAGGAAAAGAAAAAGCUCAUCGCCAACAUCAGGAACAAGCCAUGGCGGAUGAAGAGGAGGCUGGAACAUCUCAAAGAUGCUCAGCAGUUUGUGGACAAGUUUGAAGGUGCCCUGGGCAAAGGGAAAGGCCGGAAGUGGUAUGCCUACAAAGUGAUGAUGACCAAGAAAUGGAUCAAGUUUCAAAGAGAUUUUGAAAAUUUCAAGACAGCUUGCAUACCUUGGGAGCGGAAAAUAAAAGAAGUUGAGAGUCACUUUGGAUCUUCAGUAGCUUCGUACUUCAUAUUUCUGCGCUGGAUGUAUGGAAUGAACUUAGUCCUCUUUGGCCUGACUUUUGGGUUAGUCGUGAUCCCUGAGCUCUUGAUGGGUUUGCCAUAUGGAACAAUUCCCAGGAAGACCGUCCCGAGAGCGGAGCAGGAUUCCGCUAUGGAUUACUCAGUGCUCAUGGACUUCAAUGGUUACUGUAAGUACUCUGUACUCUUCUACGGCUACUAUAACAACCAGAGAACCAUCGGCUUUUUGAAGUUCAGGCUGCCCUUGUCGUACCUCAUGGUUGGAUUGGGCACCUUUGGCUACAGUCUUAUGGUUGUCAUACGAACGAUGGCCAGAAAUGCAGAUGUAGGGGGUGGAGACGGAGAAGAUGGAGAAUUCACCUUUGCCUGGAAAAUGUUCACCAGCUGGGAUUACCUCAUUGGCAAUUCGGAGACGGCAGACAAUAAGUACGCCUCCAUCACCACUAGUUUCAAGGAGUCCAUUGUAGAUGAGCAGGAGAACCAGAAGGAUGAGAACAUCCACCUAAGGAGGUUUUUGCGUGUUUUGGCGAAUGUGAUGAUCAUCUGCAGCUUGGGUGGAAGUGGGUAUCUCAUCUACUUUGUGGUGAAGAGGUCCCAAGAUUUUGCCACCAGGGAUGACUUGAGCUGGUAUGAGAAGAACGAGGUGGAGAUAGUGAUGUCUCUGCUGGGCCUGGUGUGCCCGCCCCUCUUUGAGACAAUCGCCGAGUUGGAGGACUAUCAUCCCCGCAUCGCCCUCAAAUGGCAGUUGGGUCGCAUCUUUGCGCUCUUUCUGGGAAACCUCUACACCUUCCUGUUUGCCUUGUUUGAUGAAGUCAAUGCAAAGCUGGAAGAGGAGGACUCCAUUAAAAAUGCCACCAUCUGGGCAAUGAAGGAGUACUACGCUAAUUUCACAGCCUACAACAACGACAGCAGUGCAACCCCUCCCCCCAUGAACCCUGCUGAUAUCAUCCGAGGGCCUUGCUGGGAGACCACUGUGGGCAUUGAAUUUGUUAAACUCACUGUUUCGGACAUCCAAGUGACGUAUCUCACCAUCCUGAUUGGUGACUUCCUGCGUGCUGUGAUUGUGAGAUUCCUGAACUACUGCUGGUGUUGGGACCUGGAGGCAGGCUUUCCCUCCUACGCGGAGUUUGACAUCAGCGGCAAUGUGCUCGGUCUGGUCUUCAACCAGGGCAUGAUUUGGAUGGGCGCCUUCUACGCCCCUGGGCUGGUGGGCAUUAAUGUUCUUCGCCUGCUCACCUCCAUGUAUUACCAAUGCUGGGCCGUCAUGAGCUGUAAUGUCCCACAUGAGAGGGUCUUCAAGGCCUCGAAGUCCAACAACUUCUACAUGGGACUGCUCUUACUCAUCCUCUUCCUCAGCCUCCUUCCCGUGGUGUACACCAUCAUGAGUCUGCCCCCAUCCUUUGACUGUGGUCCUUUCAGCGGAAAGUCAAAGAUGUUUGCUGUUAUUUCGGAGACCAUUGAUCUGGACCUUCCAGCAUUUAUGGGAACCCUGUUCAGCUAUGCAGCCAAUCCUGGACUAAUCAUCCCAGCAGUAUUACUGAUGGUCCUGGCUAUUUACUACCUGAACUCUGUCUCGGAGGCAUACAAAAACUCCAACAACGAACUGAAGAAGAAGAUGCAGAUGCAAAGAGACGAGGAGAAAAAUCGCAGAAAUAACACAAAUAGCACUAAUCAAGUGAUGAAAGAUCUAGAAGACCUGCUUCCCAACCGCUCUCUGGCGCCCAAACCACCUGCAGAGAGCAAUGCAGACAAUGAUCAGAGUGGAAAACCUGCCAAGGUAACAGGAAAGCCUGGGACAGCAGCCACUGGUGUCAACCUUCAGAAGGAUGUUUCCCUGGCGAGUCCCAACCCCCGCAUUGCAGUUACACGCCCCCCAGGACCCCGGGGACCAGGACCCCUACCUGGGGCAGAAGCUAACCGGAGCCGUGGGCGAACACAGGCCUCCAGGAACUAAGUGCACAGUGACCACAUCUGUGGCCACCUCUAAGGGCCUCCAUGAUUCCACUGCCCCCUGGGCUGUAUGUGCAGAACUGGAAUGUGAUGGAUGCAGCACCUCAUUCUAAACGGAGCCUGAACCGCUGGAGCAUCCACUCAGCCAGCAGUGUCCAGCUAGAAGGCGGCAGCUUUGUCCCUAAAUCUGACCUCGCUCUUCUCUCACAUUAUGGCCCAGAAUAUUUACCGAGCUGCCAUUUACUAAACGCAGAGUGACAUUUUACAUUCUCUGGGAUUUUUCUCCUGUUUAGAUUUUUCUUCAGCACUUUGCAAGAAUCCAUCCAUCCAUCCAACCAUCCAUCAUCUAAUCAUUUAUCUAGGACAGGGUAAUGGUAGUACAACAUAGUUUGAUGAAUUUAUUUAUUUUACCAGAAAGGUGCUUAUAAUGCAGUCAUGCUCCACAUGACUGGACCUCAGAUACGACGGUUGUCCCAUAGGAUGAAUUGAGCUGAAAAUCUCCCAGUGAUGUUAUAGUGCAAAGCCUCCUCACGUGUUUCUGGUGAUGCUGGUGUAAACAAACCUACUGCACUGCCAGUCGUGUAAAAGUAUAGUUCAUACAAUUAUGUACAGUACAUAAUACUUGAAAAUGAUAAUAAACAUGUUACUGGUGGAUGUAUUAGUAAUAUUGUACUUUUAAUCAUUAUUUUAGAGUGCACUCAUUCCAUUCAUAAAAAGGUUGCCUUAGUCUGGGUGUACAGUAGGCUAUACCAUCUAGGUUUGUGUAAGUGCACUGAAUGACGUUUGCACAAUGACAAAAUCCUUUAACAAUGUGUUUCUCAGAAUGUUUCCCUGUUAAGCGAUGCAUGACUGUAUCCUCAAAGUCCGAGAUUAGUUUUUAAAUUAUGAUUAAGCUUCAGUUUAGUU